AUGAAAGGAAAACCAUCAUUAUUGGCUGAUUCUCGAGGAUUAUUAAAUGCUUUAAGUUAUAUUAAGGAAGAAUAUCCAGCCUUCAAUACAGAAGCAAUUGAAUAUCUAUUUAAUAAACAAGGUUGUAUAUCAUCAGACCCAAAUGUCUUCUCUAUUGCAGCUCUGGCAGCCCAAUUAUUCUUUGAGAGUAUACUGCAGAGAUCAAAAAAAAUACAGAUGAGUACUGAUGGAGAUGACAACAUUGCAGAUAGUGAUAUUUUAAUAAGUGAAGAAAGUUUCAUUAGUGCCGUCAAGAUUGAAGAUGUACCAAAUAUCUCUGUUUCAACCUACUCAACUAUACUAGCUACCAGUAAAGAAAAUUUACACAACUAUGAAGUAUCUAAGAAGCGCCAUUCUUCUGAUUAA